GAAUGGCAAGACGAAUUUUUAGUCUGGGACCCACCGGAGUUCAAUAACAUCACCAAACUGCGGAUUCCAUGCCACAAGAUAUGGCUUCCUGACAUGGUUCUCUAUAACAAUGCUGCUGAGUACACCGACGGAUUAAUGCCAGCCAACGCCAUGGUGGAGCCAACCGGCAACGUCUUCUGGCCGGUACCGACCAAGCUUCAGAGUUCCUGCAAGGUGGACGUCACCUACUUUCCCUUUGACAGUCAGGUGUGUUCUCUGAAGUUCGGAUCCUGGACCUAUGAUGGAUUUCAAGUGGACAUUACCAACAGAACCUCUGAGGUGGAUUUGAGCAACUAUAUCGUGAACGGAGAGUGGGAGCUGAUAUACGUUAGAUGUGUUCGCAAUGUGGUCAGAUACGCUUGCUGUGUCGAGCCAUUCCCAGACGUCACAUUUUACAUUAAAAUCCGACGGCGUACACUGUAUUACAUGUACAACGUCGUAUUCCCCUGUGUCAUGAUGUCAGCUUUGACGUUGCUGGUUUUCUGUCUACCUCCGGAUUCCGGCGAGAAGAUCGCCCUGGGGAUCACCGUCCUCUUGGCUUUUUCUGUCUUCAUGUUGGCUGUGGCGGAAAAUCUUCCUGAGACAUCUGAGUUUGUGCCCCUGAUCAGUAUCUACUUGACGAUCGUGAUGUUCCUAACUUCCGUCUCCGUCAUCAUGACUGUGUUCGUCCUGAAUCUCCAUCACAGAGGACCGCAGAAACACCCAGUACCGCCGGGCCUGAAGAAGUUUUUCCUGGGGUCGAAGGAAGGUUUUGAUGCUCACUGUAUGGCCAGAAAUGUGUCUUUGAAGGUGACGCUGGACAACCUGGCACAGGAACUACGCGAUGAAAUACAAUUGGAGAAUGGAGUAUCGGAAACAGACAACGUCAACACUAAUUCCGCUUUAUCACCCUCAUCGGCUUUGAUAGAGACAGUGGAAGAAAUUAAUAAUGCUUCAAAUGCAACGCAACUGUUGAAAAAUUGCACGAACAUUAACAGUGCAGCUAAUUUGACAAGCUCAGUGCAUGAAAAUAACACCAGCAAAAAACCGUGCAAUCACACAACCGGUCACAGUUGUUCAGGUCGCACUGGGACACAACAGUCUAAGAAAUUACCCAAGGCAAGAGUGCCAUAUGAAGACGCACUGUUAUCCUUGACCAAAUUACUGGAGAAACAUGAGGUAGAGGAAAAAGAGUUCGGUGAGAUGCAGGAUUGGAGAAGGCUUGCUCAGGUUGUUGAUAGAAUCCUAUUUGUGUUCUUCUUCCUCGCUACAGUCACUUCUACUCUGGCUGUUCUUGUAAUUGCCCCAGCCACACAAGACACGUGA